AUGUCGGUGUGUUCGCCGAUCCGUGCUGCCUCGCAGCUCCCCGCCGUUCGAUCCCUUCAUGGCGAUGCUCUCGGACAAUCCCUAAGGAGCUCGAAUUCCGUUAGCCUACCAAUUCCCAAGGCUCUUCCAGCCGGUCAGAUCUUGCCAGGAGGCUCUGCCCCUCAGAAGCUGCAGAUCCAGGCAAAGAUUUUGAAGACUAAGAGAGCUCCGAGAGACCCGGACUACCCGUGGCCGGAUAAGUACAAUGCGGAAGAGAAGGGGUUUCUGGCGUUCCUGUCCAAGUUUAAGGACGUAGCCAAGCCCACCAAGCCGAUGGCGCUUCCGUUCGAGAAACCGCUGGUCGACCUCGAGAAGAAAAUUGAGGAGGUUCGCCAGCUGGCGGAUAAGACUGGCAUGGACUUCACGGACCAGGUGCAGGAGCUGCAGGACAAGUACGAGCAGCUGAAGCGCGACAUCUACGCGAGAAUAACUCCGGUUCAGCGGCUCAGCGUGGCGCGUCACCCCAACCGUCCCACUUUCUUGGACCAUGUCCUCAACAUGACUGACAAGUGGGUGGAGCUGCACGGCGACCGCGGGGGCUACGACGACCCGGCGCUGGUGUGCGGCAUCGGGCGCAUGGACGGCAUGAGCUUCAUGUUCAUGGGGCACCAGAAGGGGCGCAACACCAAGGAGAACAUUUACCGCAACUUCGGCAUGCCCACGCCCAACGGGUACCGCAAGGCGCUGCGCAUGAUGCGCCACGCGGACCACCACGGGCUGCCCAUCAUCACAUUCGUCGACACGCCCGGCGCGUAUGCUGGCGUCACGGCUGAGGAGCUCGGACAGGGCGAAGCCAUUGCGCACAACCUGAGGGAGAUGUUUGGGCUCAAGGUGCCGUCAGUCAGUGUGGUGAUUGGAGAGGGCGGCUCUGGUGGCGCUCUCGCUAUUGGCUGCUGCAACAAGAUGCUCAUGCUCGAAAACGCAGUGUACUUCGUUGCCAGCCCUGAGGCGUGUGCGGCCAUUCUCUGGAAGACUGCCGCUGCCGCUCCCAAGGCCACGGAGGCGCUGCGCAUCACAGCGGAUCAGCUGCAGCAGCUGGGCGUCGUGGACGAGAUUAUCCAGGAACCCCUUGGUGGGGCACACAACGAUCACAUGGCCACGUCGAUGGCCAUCAAGGCCUCCAUCAUGGCGCACAUGAAGGACCUUGUGCAGAAGGACGAGCAGCGAAUCAUCUGUGAGCGCGUGAACAAGUUCCGGCAGAUGGGUGGCUUCACUGUGCCGCCCAAGGUGGACCCUGCCAAGCAGCGCGCUCUCAAGAAGCGCGACCGCCCUGCCGGCCAGAGCAUCCCCGCCUCCCCGUCCCACUCCGCCUCCCUGCCCGCCACGGGUUCACAGCCCCUUGCAGCGCCUACUGAAAAUGGCAAUGGUGCCACGUACCCUUCGUCUGUUGUGAGCGCUGAUGCCAAUGUGACUGAGCAGCGUGGUACGAAGCAGGCAUCAUCUGAAGAAACGCAUAAAGAGCGGCGCGAGCAUGGCAGCAAGCAGCAAGAGAAGGAACAUCAGGAGAGGGAGCAGCAAGACGGGAAGCAGCAGAACGAGGCGCAGCAAAAGAAUCAGACAACCGGCAGCGACAGAAGAGUGGACAAUUUUGAGGAGGGGGUGAUUCGGCGGGAAGGGAAGCGGCAGGAAAUGGAGGGGGAGGAAGCCGAGGUGCGGGAAGGGGAGGAAGAGUUGACUGGAGCAGCAAGUCGCAGGACUCGUCUUUAUGCUGUUCGAUGGGACAGGCAACCGGCCAAUGAGUGUGUGACAGGUGGCGAGUGCUCGCAAGAUGUGGGUGUCUUCGUUUCUGCAUCAGGGCGACUAAUGCAGUGGGACGUUGCCCCUGCUACUAUUGCACAGCAGCGUGUUCAUGCAGUGAAUAACAACCCCACAGCACCACAUCACACCCCUACAUCAUCACACCAAGACCUCUCUGCACCACAGCUCAGCCCCACGGCACAUGCUUCCACUAGCAGCAGACAUCCCACCUCUGCUGACGCCUGCCUUCCUCUCCUCCCAUCGCUUCCUCGUUGGGUCACCAUCACCUCCGUCUCUGUGGGCCUCCAGCAUUGCCUCGCGCUCUCAGGCAGCGGAAUGGUGUGGGCGUGGGGCGAGGGGGGUGAGGGGCAGCUGGGAGUUGGCAGGCGGGUGGGGAAUGUGACAGUUCCUGUGUGCGUGAUGCUGCCCGCUGCUCCUGCAGCAUCCGUUAUUAGCACAUCCGCUGUGGCAGAUUGUGCUGCUAGAGAUGACUCGUUACAAGCAACAGCAGUGGCGUGUGGAGGAAGGCACAGCCUGGUGCUGGCAGAGGAUGGCUCGCUCUUCUCCUUUGGAUGGGGCCAGUAUGGGCAGUGUGGCCACGGCACGUCAAGCGACCAUCUCUCCCCCACCCGCAUCUCCUCCUUCUCUGGCCUCACAGUGACAGCCAUCGCUGCUGGCCUCUGGCACUCCCUCGCCCUCGCCCUCCCUGCUGGCUCAAUCUGUGGCCGUGGUGCCGCUACUGGUGGUGAUGUCAGUGGUGGUGAUGCUGACGUGGAGGUGGACGGUGCUGACGUGGAACUGGAAGGCGGUGACGUGUACAGCUGGGGAGGCAAUCAGUUUGGCCAGCUGGGCACUGGAGACACGGCAGCUAAGGUGUUUCCAACGCUACUGGAUUCUCCAGAUCUGGACAAUUGUUCGCUGAAAGGGAUCUCCUGUGGAGCACGGCACUCGGCCGCUAUUACCACCAACGGCACUCUUUUCGUCUGGGGCUCCAACAAGUUUGGGCAGGACCAGCUCUUAAUCUGCCGCGACGUGCGCCUCGAGCCCGGACGGCAACUCGGAGCGUAUCAACUUCCCGAUGCUGACGUGGACAGCAGUAUCAAUGACACAGCAGGCGCGGUCGACACGUCGCGCUCCGCAUCUCACGGACACUCCCGCCCAGUCUUUCUUUUCAAUAAGAUGCGCCUCCUUCCAAAAUCUCCUCCUCCCGCGGUAGAAGAAAUCGAGGAAAUAAGUGUACCAGAAUUGAUUAUAACGGUGGGUGAGCCUGGCGGCGAGCCGUUACAUCCGUUAGACCGGUCGGGUAACCCGCUCCUCCGAGCCAUUCCCUCCUACGAACGGCAGUUUCGUCAAGAUCUGUUACAGGCUCAGGCGUAUCUCGCCGCCAGCCAAUCGCGUUUCGACACGUGUCGGCGGCUCCUGCAGGAGCAGCACACGCAAGCAGAAGCCGUCCGUUCCGGAUCUGCCAGCAUGGAGGCCAUGGCCCUCCAUAUAGUCACAUCGUUUGCGGAUUUUCAAUCUUCGUAUAAGCAGCAGUACAGCCGUCACGAGCUCCUUCUGCGAACCUUCCACCGGAACCUCCGCGCGUUGCACUCUUGUCGUUUACUGGCGCCCGUCCGGGCGGCAACCGGGUGGCAGAGCCUCGUGCAACUGGCCAAGGAGCCGCGGCUGCAGCAGGCGUUCUCGGAGUGCCACGUGGCGCACGCUCAGAUGGCCACGAAGGUCGCUGAGCUGGAGCAGCAGUUUCAAGACACGCGGGCGGGAAUCGAGGAGCUGAUAGGCGGCGGGGGAGGGGGAAGCGGAGAAACCGCAGUCAGCGGACCUUCGGCUGAUGCUGCUGCAGGGGCCGCGGGCGCAAACGCGGGCGCGGGUGCGGGCGCGGAAGGGCGGCGGAGGGAGGCGGAGGUGGUGCGGGAAGUGGAAGGGAUGGUGGAGGAGGGACACCGGCUGCUGGAGGAGCAAGAAGUCAUCCUUGGCGUUCUCGGAGGGGCUUACGCGGAUUGUAUAGGGGAAAUCGCCCGCAGAAAAGGGUUCGGGAUGGGGUAUAUGGGGCGGGCACAGCAGGUGGCAGAGGAGAUGGCGAGAGUGAGAGAGGAGGAGGUGGAGAGAAGGGAGAGGUUCUGGCAGCGGCAGGGAGAGUUAGGGUUGGUGCCUCGGGUGGUGAUAGAAGGGAUGGGGUUGGGGCAUGGGUGUGUGCCUAGUGUGUGUACUGUGAGUGUGGCGCCUUUUGAUGAGGGAUUGGUGAGUGUGGGGGAGGGGGAUUUGCCUGUUGUGGGGGGAGGAGGGGGAAGGGGAGGGGGAAGGGGAGGGGGAAGGGGAGGGGGACGAGGGGAUGGUGUGGGACGAGUGUGGGGGAGGAGCAGGGGGAUAUGGCGUGGGAAGGGGAGGGGGAGCGGGGGAGGGGGUGUUGGGUGGAGGUUGGAGCGAGAGGGACAGGGGGAGGGGCUUGGUGGGGGGGCCAAAGGGGAGGAGGAGAGGAAGUUAUCGCACAUGUCUAUGACGAGGAUGACACAGCUGGCAGCGCCUUCCCCUCUCACCAUCACCACCACCACCAGCAGCACCGGCAGCAGCAUCAUGCUGACGUGGACGAGGAGGACGCUGACGUCAGCCAGUCGAACGAUGACAUGGCGGGCGGCAGGUAGCGCGGAGGAGCUGGCAGUGGAUAACAUGCGGCUCAGAGCGGAGCUGAUUGCACUCAGAGUGCUGGGCGCAGCUGGGGCAGGUGCUACUGGGGUAG